AUGGCAGAUUGUAGUGCAGCAGGAACAACAAUCGAUAGAGCGGCAAGGGCCUUGAUCAAUUCUGACCAAGGUCAACAUGCAGCAAAGCACGCUGGGAACCUAUUUGGCCAUGCAUCGAUAGGAAAUCCAUCCGCGAUGCCACUCGUGUCCCCAGAUCACCUCACGAUUCCCGGCACGGCUUCGCAUGCAGCACAAUCUCCGCAAACGAUGCCCCCUACUGCUGGAACAUUUCAUCCAGCAGCACAAACAAGGGUUAUGGAAGUUCCGAUGAAUCACCAAAUGGCUUAUCAUCAGCCCCACAUGCAACAGGCCAUGCAACAACAAGCGAUGCAACAACAGGCCAUGCAUUUUCAAAUGCAGCAACAACAGCAGUUCGCAAUGCAAGCAAUGUACGUGCAACAGCAGCAUCAACAGCAAAUGAUGCAACAACAACAACAACAACAAAUGAACAUAAUGGCGACGAAACAGAGCAAUUCUGUCGCAGAAAAAAAGGGCGACACAACAGAAGCUGCUAAGGCAGAGGUCAAGGAUGACUUUGAGAACUGGCACGAAGGCUUGGAAGAUGAAAUAGACAGACUAGAGGAGAGUGGUGGCGUCGAAGAUGGAACAGUAAGGGGAGCGACAAUCGAAGAACUUGCAGCUGCUUGGGCUGAAGCAGAAGCAGAAUACGAUAAGCUUGAUGCUAUCUCUGAAGACCAAGCCAAUAUGUUUCAAGGAGAAGUAGAGGAAUCCCCACAAGCGUACGAGUUCAAAAAUAAUGAGAUCCCUGCAGAGCCUCAAGACUGGAUGGAGCAAGGCAUGAAACAUUUCAAUGAUGGUGAUCUGAAGGAAGCAAUAAAAUCGUUCGAGAUGGAACUGCAACACAAUAAUCCUGAUAACGCAUCAGCCUGGAGAAUGUUGGGACGCUGUCACGCUGAAAACGAUCAAGAUCCAGAGGCUAUCAAAUGUCUCGAAGCCGCUGUUGACAGAGAUCCAUAUUCACCUGAAUCCCUAUUGGCACUUGGUGUGAGCUACGUCAACGAAUUAAAUCACGAGAAGGCGCUUUCUAAUAUGAAAGCAUGGUUUACCCACAAUCCAAAAUAUGCAGGCAUGACCAUGCCACCAGAUAUUUAUGGGGAGGCGGCAGGACCACAAGCCGCAGAAUCUGCCUUUGAAGAAGUAAAGAAACUAUUGCUGUCGGCGUUAGAAUUUGAUUCUUCGGAUGCUGGUGAUGUAUACGAGGCUUUGGGUGUCAUUUAUAAUGUCAUUCGAGAUUAUGGAAAUGCAGCAGAUGCUUUUCGAAAUGCACUUGACGUUAGACCCGAUGACUACCAGCUAUACAAUAAACUCGGGGCGACUCUAGCCAAUGGUAGCCAAAGUGACAAAGCCUUACCCGCUUAUCACGGAGCGCUGAAAAUAAAACCGAAGUAUGCCAGAGCAUGGUUGAAUAUGGCAAUUUCUCACAGUAACCUUCAGGAUCACGAUGCGGCUGCGCGAUGCUAUCUACAGACGCUGAGCUUGAAUCGAGAAGCCGGCCAUUGCUGGACGUAUUUGAGAAUGGCACUUUCAAGUUCGGAGAGGUGGGAUUUGCUUCCACUUGUUUUCUCUCGUGAUUUGGAGGCAUUCCAAGAGCAUUUUGACUUUGUACUCUAUUAG